AUGUCUCGUCCGGGUCCGUCUGCGCGCAAUCUGACUCUCACUGAAGAGCUGGAGAAGCUGGAACAGUCCAUCACCCUGACCUUGCAAGAGAUCGACUCAAACUUUAGCAAGGCACAUCGCAUCGUCACAACAAGCAUCCUACCCAUUGUCGAGCAGUACGGCGAGCACUCAAGAAACGUCUGGGAUGCAUCAAAGUUCUGGAAGCAAUUCUUCGAGGCCUCGGCCAACGUCUCACUCUCCGGGUACGAGGAACUAGCUAACGACGAUGACGACAAUAACGAGACCGGAGCGACUGAAGAGUCGACAGUCCAAGACGAAACCAGCGUCGACUACACCCGCACCCCCAAACAGCACGAAGGCGCCGAAGACACAACUCAGGCCUCGGUCGCAGACUCGACCUUCCCCGCCGAAGAGUCCUUGCUUGAAUAUAACGACUUGACUGGCAGCACGCCGCGACCGCCCAAGACCAAGACGAUCCAGCCCCAAUUCUCAAGCCUCGAGUCUCCCUACGAGGCGCUCAAGCGCGAGCUCAAGGGCGAGCCGCCUGCGCCGCACGAGGAAGACGAAGACGAGGACCUUGGCUUGGAGGAGGACUCGACGGUGCUCUUCGCGCAGCACACGGCUCGGCUGCCGGAUAUGUCCAUGACGCCACGGUCGGCGUUCGCGCCAUCGUCGCGGCAGGAGCAGCACAAGGACCCGCUGAUGCAUCGCAUGCUCGACAAGACGUUCCGGAUUCAAGCCACACCGCACAAGGGCCCGGCAUACCGCGUCUCACCGCUCAAGCGUGACGACAAGGGGAAGGAGAGGGAGAAGGAGGCCUUGCCAGCAUGGCGGCAGGAUUCGCCCAUGUCGUCGCCAGUCAUAGAGAUGCCCAAGUUACGCAGCGAGGCCUUUAUGUCGCCGGCCAAGAGCAACGCACGCCAGCGCCUUGCUGCGGCGACUGCAUCCGCGGGCCCGCGUACGCCCGGCGUAAGUGUGCAGACACCCGGAGCGGCGAGAAAAACCAAGGAUGUCUUUGCGACGCGGGGUGACUACGAAGAUGACACGACGACGGACAUUGGCGGCGGUCUCGCCAAGGAAAAGUAUGAGAUUAACUGGGAGAGCGACAGCGACGAGGAUCGGGGCCUGUAUGGCGGAAUGAGCCCGCCUAAGACGAUUCAGUUUGCGCUGGCCCCGUCCAAACUGCUUCAGACACCUGCCCGGGAGGCGAGCAAGCGCAUCGUAGAUGACAUUCUGCUCACGGCUGGGGCCGACCCGGAGAGCUUUGAGGAAUACAGCCCUACCAUGGUCAAGAUGAACAAGGACAUUCUCGAUGAGAGUUUCUAG